UCUGUCACUUGAUUUUGUCCAGCUGACAGAAGAAAUUUGCCAUUUCACUGCAUCUUGUGCCUAGAGUUCUUCAGAAUGAGUGCUUUAGCUGAUGAGCAGAUUGAUUUGCAGGCAGAGGAACAGUCUGGUCAUGAGGAUCAGGAGGAGGAGCAGGCGCCGCACACGACUCUCCUGAAAUGUGUGCUAAUCAAGAAUGCAAACCAUGAUGAAUUGGCCAGCCAUUGGGUCGAGCUUUACAUGGCUAGUCCCGAACAUGCCUUGCUUAUUAUAAUGGAGUUUGUGGUGGAGGCCAGUGGAAGUAACUAUAAGAUUCCAAAAGAUGCUGCAAUGCCGUUCUCCUAUGGGGACAUCCUGCUUCAAAGCUCCCUGCAAUAUCGUAGUGUCAGCAUGUAUUAUCCCCUGAUUACGAAGACGGCCGAAGUAUUUGCCCGCAGAGUGGUCAGCUUUUUGGAGGCCCUUCUGAAGGCGGUCUAUGACAUACCCGUUCCUAUGUACAAUAUGUUUUUGCAAGAGGUGACGGGCUUUCUGAUGGCCUGCUCGGAGUCCAGUGUUCGUCCUUUUCGUCACACGAGCACCAUGUUGGGUCUCAAAAUGAUGACCAUUUUGUGCGAUCUCACAUCCGUGGAUAAUGAGCUACUGAAGACACUGUGGAUACAGAUGUUCAACUGGCUAUUUGUGAAUCGCUACCAGGAUGUGGUGGACGACAUAAGGUUCCUUUGUAUCUCCGAACUGGGCCUGUGGUUCAGCAAGUACCCAGAGUGCCAUCUGGAGCCACACCACCUGCGUUACUUCUUCGAAGCUUUGUCUGAUAGCUCGACAAUGGUGAGGCAGUGCAUCCUGGCCAACCUCUCACGGCUUUGCCGCCAUGAGGACCUCCGCACCAUGUGCUUGGAAUUGGGCUGUGAGUUCCGGCAACUAUUCAUGAACUUAUCCGUGGACAGGGAAAACGAAAUAGCAGAGGAAUCCCUGCGCGUCCUUACCGAAUUUUAUCGAUAUUCUUCAGAAAUUCUUAGUGAGGACGAUUGCAAGGUGAUUGAAGAAUUUGUGUUCUUUGCAAAUCGAGGAGUAGCCCAGGCAGCGGCGGAAUUUUUCGUCCUGCGCAGAAAAGAAACGGAAGAAGCUCCAUUUUCGCAAAAAAUUCGACAUCUGCUACAGUUUUACGUCGAUAGAUGUGAACAUGAACAUGCUGGCUAUCUGGUGGAUUCUUUUUGGGACAACUGCGAAAUGGUUUUGGACUGGGAGCCCAUGAUAAAAAUGCUUAUGGAGGAACAGUACCCAAAUCUAACCGAAGCUGAAUCCUCCGCAUUGAUUGAAAUUCUCACCAAAGGCGUUAUUCAAGCAAUAACUGGUGAAAUUCCACAAGGAAGAUAUACCAAGGAUCUGAAGAGGCAGCCAAAGGCGGGAGCCCAGGUGAAGGCCACCGAAUUACUAGCACCUGUGCUGCCCCAACUACUUCGAAAGUAUGUAGACCGACCAGACGAUGUGAUAAAUCUUCUGGAACUGCCGCAAUACUUUUGUUCCAAAUACUACCGGGAGAUUAACAACCAGGGUCAACUUGAGAAACUCUUAGAUGAGAUGGACAUCCUUAUGUUCCAUCAAACGAGCAACCGUGUGCUGCGGCGUGGAGCUCACACUCUGAGUUUUCUUUUUAAAAUGGAACGCACUCAUCUCCACAUACUACAGAUGCUCAACAGUGCGGUGACCAACUACAAGAUCGCGCUGCGCACUUGGCAGGAGAGGUAUGGCCUGGCCAGCUCAUCGUCCUCUACAUCGUCAUCGGACUCCUCCAAAACUCCGAAGAGCCGCUCCCGCCGGCUGCUGAACACCUUGCGUUUGUUGUGUGCCCUUUACGCACACUUUAAUCUCAGUUUCGGGGGGCUGACCGAGUCGGUUCUGUCCAGCCUGAAGAGAGUGGUCAGGGUGCGGGAUAUGGGCAAGGAUGGUCUGCCGGCGGAGGCAGUGUCUCUUUAUCUGGCUGCUGGCUACUUCAGCCUUUUCUGGGACCUAUACACCUUCAGGAAAGAGGCCGCAAGCAAUUCAAACAUGGAUGAUUCUUGUGCCGCCCUCAAGAAACACUUUGAGGACUAUCUGUUUGUCACCUUUGAACAGAUUGUGAGCGCUAACAAUAUGUCACAGGCAUAUAGUUGCCUCUCAUUUAUAUGCGAUCUAUUUGUGCUAUAUGGAUAUCAACUACUUGACAGUCACCAUGAAUUAGUGCGUUCACUGGCGUACGCACCGACAAUAAAUGAGGUGGAGAUACUGGACAACUUCGUGUUGCGACACCUCUUUCGGACGAGUCCUGCGGAUCUUAUGAAGGAAUCGAACUUUCUUCAGUUGCAGGUCCUGCGUCGCAGCCUGGCCAGCUACUGCAAACUGGUGGCCUUCAAUGUGAUUCCACCAAUGCGCGCCGCUAGGAUUUAUCAGUACUACGAAAAGUACUAUGCUCCCUUUGGUGACGUUUUGAGAUGUUCCAUGGAACUCACAAUCAAAGUCAACUCCAUCCACUAUGGUAUGGCACUGUUCCACACCGGCAUGUUGCUCUACCAGAAGAUUAUGGACGAUAAUGGCGGUGAUAGUGUCAGGGCUGCCGGUUCCCCAGAGUUUCUUGAACUUAUCAGCCUGGCCACUCGAUUGGCGGAGACCCUGAGUUGCAAUACCUCUAGAAAUCGCAACGCUAUGAUAACUCUCCACAAAGCUGGAAUUAUGUACGUUAAGGAAUCGGUUCCGGACCGACCCACCGCUGCCCCGAAAAAUCUACUCUUCUUGCGGGUCAUGCAGAUGUUUGUGCCGCAGCUUCUAAGGCAGGACAAGGUCAAGAUUUUGGAAUUACUUCAGACCAUUGAGCAGCCGGCGUUACCUUCCUGCAACAGGGAGGAGUGGGAGCCUUUGGAAGCAUAUCGUUCCGCUUUGGGUGCUUACUUAAGAAGGGGUCGUUCGGAUGUUUGGGUGGCAACAUAGGGAGCUUAACUCUUAAAUGAUUCAUUGUCUUGAUUAUACA